AACAUGCAGUCUGUACUGAGAUAUUUAGACCUGACCUCUGCAGCCCUGGCCGUGCUGGUCGGUCUGGUCUCGCUGGUUAUGCUGGAGAUCUUCAGGUUGCGUUCCUCGAGGAGCCGAUGUCCUCCUGGACCUACACCGCUGCCGUUUGUGGGGAACAUGGUUCAGUUCAUGAAGAACCCAAUGGACUGCAUCAGAUCGACGGUGAAGUAUGGGGAGCUGUGCUCCCUGUAUGUAGGGAGGAGACCCAUGAUCAUACUGAAUAACAUAGACGUAGUGAAGGAAGCGCUGGUCCAGAAUGGAACCGUGUUCUCCGGGAGGCCGUUCCUGCCAUUGAUACACUGGAUCACCAAGGGGUACGGUAUUUUAAUGGUCACGUAUGGUCAUGCCUGGAAGCAGCAGCGACGCUUCGCUCUCCACACGCUGCGUAACUUUGGUCUGGGGAAGAAAUCCGUGGAGGAGAGAGUGUCCGAGGAAGCACAAUAUCUAAUCAGAGAGAUGCUCAAAGAAGAAGGAAAGCCUUUGAAUCCCAUCCACCCCAUCAUGAACGCCGUCUCCAACAUCAUCUGCUCCAUCGUCUUCGGAGAUCGCUUCGAUUACGACAACAAGCGCUUUGCCAACCUGCUGGAGAUCCUGAACGAAAACAUUCAGCUCGCUGGCUCGGCUGUUGGAGUGAUAUUUAAUUUGAUCCCCAUCAUCAAAUACUUUCCUGGUCCUCAACAGAAGGUCUACAGAAAUGCCAGUAAUUUAAUAGGGUUCAUUCGUGAAGCCAUGCUGGAGCACAGGAAGACCCUAGACCCUGAAAAUCCCCGGGACUUUAUCGAUACCUACCUGCUGGAAAUGAGCAAGAAUGAAUCGAACGAGGACUCGACAUUUCACGAGGAGAACCUGUUAUUGUCCACCUCUGAUCUCUUCCUCGCUGGAACUGAGACCACAGCCACCACUCUCAGAUGGGGCCUCAUUUUCAUGAUGAACCAUCCCGAAAUUCAGGAACGCUGUCACCAGGAGAUCGUUCGUGUUCUGGGAUACGAUCGAACUCCCAGGAUGGACGACCGAGCAAAGCUGCUCUACACACACACCAUCGUUCAUGAGAUCCAGCGCUACGGAAACAUCGUGCCUCUGGGUGUGAUACACCAAACCACUCAGACAACCGAGCUACGAGGCUACACCAUUCCUGCGGGAACUGAGAUUUAACCCAAUCUGAUGGCUGUAAUGAUGGAUAAAGAUCACUGGAAACAUCCGGACACGUUCAACCCCGAGAACUUUCUGGAUGAGAACGGCCAGUUCUGCAAAGACGACUUCUUCCUGCCUUUCUCUCUGGGUCCGAGGGUUUGUCUGGGCGAGUCUCUUGCCAAGACUGAGCUCUUCAUCUUCUUCACCUCCCUGAUGCAGAGGCUGCAGUUCUCCUGGCCCCCCAAUACCCCACCUGUUGAUCUGGAUGGCAUUGUGGGUGUGGUCAGAAUGCCCCACCCUUUCCAGAUGAUUUGCCGCAGUAGAGAGUGUAGUUCGGAGCCGAGCUCUCCCAUAAUGGCCUGAUUCUGUGGAUGGACUGCGUUCGGACCAUAACUGGCUGUAAUAUUUUAUGAUGUUUGAAUACGGAGGUCACGUGACAACAACACAAAAUGAAAACGCAAAACGAACUUCCUGUUAUGUUCACUAUUAGAUAAAGUAGGUAAACGGUGCUUAAUUGCAUAUCAGGAGACCUGUGGCUCUUUUUUUCCAUUGCAUGUACAGUACAAUGCACGACGCAUCUGUGAGUUCCAUUCACUGAUUGCAUUGUUUUAAGUGUUGGUCCUGCAUGUUUCCUCAGUUCUGGUACCUGGAAAUCAGAAAGAAGUGACACACACAUUGUCUGUUCUUAGCAGAUCUGAACUUUAGUCUAGCACAGUGGUUCCCAAACUUUUUCUGUCAUUCCCCCCUUUGGAAGAUGAAAAUCGGUCAUGCUGACAAAAAUAGGCCAAUUUUUUCAACUUUGUUGAAAUAACUUAAAAGAUCAUUAAUGUUCCUUUCACCUUUAUAUCAGUAAUUUAUGUUGUACUCGACUUUAUCAAACCACUUUUGACAUCACUGAACUGCUCCUUCAAUCAGUCUGCUAUUUCAAAAAUAAAAAAAUAAAAAAUUUGCAAACACUUUGCAAAAAAAAUAACA